UAAAACAGAACAGAACGUUCGACUUCCACUACAUUUAUGGCAUCCCCACAGUACAAUACAGUUCGAAGCAAGCAACCUUCCAGAAAAAGUAUAAGAAUAUAAUAUAUACAAGGCUGCUUAGAAAUCAACGAAGUCGAAGAUUCCUUUAUGGCCUACUCCGUUAAGAAGAGAGCGAGGCAGCGAGGAGGAACUCGUGAUCCAGACAAUGAUUUUUCACGAAAACUUACUUACGUACUACGGCAUAAUGCUGUUGACUUAGGGAUGAACGUAAACCACGAAGGGUAUGUAAAUAUAUUGGAAUUACAAGCUCACAAACUUUUUCACCAGUUUCGACCUGUCACUGCUGAAAAACUCCAGAAUAUCAUCGAUAUGGACGAAAAACAACGAUUUUCAAUGGUACAGCGCAGUGACUCUUGGUUUAUUCGUGCCAAUCAGGGUCACAGUGGUAAUGUUGCUGCUCAGCUCGUAGAUGAAAAAAUGUUGACUCCAGUUUCGAGUUCAAAAGACUAUCCUAUCUGUGUUCAUGGGACAGAUAAAGAAGCCUGGGCUAAGAUCAGUGCCUCGGGUGGUCUUUCAAGAAUGGCCCGCAAGCAUACUCACAUGAGUUCACGGCACAAGGGUUCAAGAGAAAUGAUUAGUGGUAUGCGUAAGCGAUCUAAUGUCAUGAUCUAUAUCGACCUAGAUAAUGCUAUCUCCGCAGGUAUUAAAUUUUACAUAUCCACGAACCAGGUUAUUUUGUCGGAAGGCAAUGAUCAAGGUAUGAUACCAAUUGAAUUUUUCAAAGAAGUUAAGUUUCUUGAUUAAAUUAGAUUAGAUUAGAUGGUAAAUGACGAGCCAUCGAAGUCCAUUCAAAGAUGAUUAACAUUAAUUUGACAAUUAAGGCGAGACACUUUUUGAAAGAUCCUCGGAAUUAGGCAUUUCAGAC